UAUUUUAUUGUUGGAGAUAUCGGAGUAAUCGUCAAUGGUCCGCUGAAGUAUUAGUAGAAUUUAGGGUUUGGUCACACACAGUUUUAAUAAACCAUACAAAUAUAAUUUUUAAAAUCAACUGUCAGUUGUUUGUAAAAAAAAAAAAAAAAAUAAUAAUAAUAAUUUAAAAUUUACAAAAAAUCCAUAUGAAAAUUUGACACAUUGUUAGUUUAAUAUAUUACGAUAAAAAUGGUUAAAUUAUAUGCAUUAACGAUACUGUACAAAGGUCCAACAUCAGCGACAGCUUUGAAAUGUGUCUAUGACGUUGAUUCGUUUUCAUAUUUUCAACGUGGAAGUGUCAAAGAAUUUAUGGGUUUUGUUAGCAAAACAAUUACUGAGAGAACACAAAUUGCAUCCAGACAAAGUGUCAAAGAAGGAGAAUAUAUGUGUCAUGUUUACGUAAGAGGUGACAGCUUAGCUGGCGUUUUAAUUUCGGAUCAUGAAUAUCCUAACAGAGUCUCACAUACACUUAUUACAAAAGUAUUAGAUGAAUUCGCAGCAAAGUAUCCUUCAAAUUCAUGGCCAACAUUGAAUGAACCGACUUGUGAUUUUCCACAAGCCAACGUAUAUCUCGCAAAGUACCAAAAUCCUCGUGAGGCUGACUCAUUAACUAAAAUGCAAACUGAUUUGGAUGAAACUAAAAUUAUACUUCACAACACUUUAGAAGCAGUAUUACAAAGAGGAGAAAAGUUAGAUGAUUUAGUGCAAAAAUCCGAAGGUUUGAGUAUACAGUCAAAGGCAUUUUAUAAAACAGCGCGUAAAACUAAUUCAUGCUGCAGUUUAACAGCUUGAAAUACCAUAUAUUUAUUAUAUAUAUCUAACAAAGUGUACAAUAAAGACGUUUAUAUGUUAUACUAUAUAUAUAUACAUAUACAUAUAUAAAAAAUUUUUUUUGAACACUAUCAUAAUGAUUCCAAUUAAAAGUUAAUCGUAUUUUUACGAGGAUAUUUUCUUUGUAGAAUAAUAAUAUUAUUUGCGAAUUACUUUUAAGUUUUUAUUAUUCUUUUAAUUAAAAAUGAAACAAAAAUAAAUAUUUUUUUUAUAAUUAUUUUAAUUUAUGUUUAAAAAAAGUAAAUGGAUUUAUAUGAUACUGAGAAUGAAAAAUAUCAAUUUAAUGAAUGAAAAUUAAAUGAUUUAAUUUUUUUUUAAACUGGAUUUUUUAAAAUUUAUGACGGUCUUCUGUUGUGACUUUUUAAAUUUAUCACUCAUUUAUUAAAAAAGUACAAAUGAUAUUAUUUAUUAUAAAAUAGAUGACUUGAUAUUUUUUUAUAUGAUUUUUCAGACAUCUGUGAAUGUAAUUCGGAAAUGGGCACUAGUUCUAUUAGAAAAUUUCGGGUCUAGAUUUAAAUUUGAAAAUCCAAAAUUUCAAAUGAAAAUUAUCCAAUUGUACGUUACAUUGUAUGUAAUUUUUAUGAUGGGUAUUUUGACUGCUUAUUUUUCGACCUCGAAAUUGCAUAGAAUUUAAAAAUGAAAAUAAUUUAAUAGCCAAAGUAGAAGAUUUUAUUUUAGACAGCAACCGUUGAUGGAAAUGCGCUGAUUUUUUUUU